CUUUUUCCCGCCUCCGCCAGGGCAGAGCGGCUGGCUGGGUGACAGUUGAGCAUGGCCGGAGCUGAGGGCCCCGCUGGGCGGCAGUCGGAGCUGGAGCCCGUAGUAUCGUUGGUCGACGUGCUUGAGGAGGACGAGGAGCUGGAGAAAGAGGCGUGCGCUGUACUGGGCGGCAGCGACUCCGAGAAGUGCUCCUACUCGCAGGGCUCGGUAAAGAGACAAGCAUUAUAUGCCUGUAGUACCUGUACCCCAGAGGGAGAAGAACCAGCAGGAAUUUGCCUCGCUUGCAGUUACGAGUGUCAUGGAAGUCACAAGCUGUUUGAGCUAUACACAAAAAGAAACUUUUGUUGUGAUUGUGGAAACAGCAAGUUUAAAAAUUUGGAAUGCAAAUUAUUUCCUGACAAAGCAAAGAUAAAUUCUAGCAAUAAAUACAAUGACAACUUUUUUGGAUUGUACUGUAUUUGCAAAAGACCUUAUCCUGAUCCUGAAGACGAGGUUCCGGAUGUGAUGAUCCAAUGUGUAGUCUGUGAAGACUGGUUCCAUGGAAGGCAUCUUGGUGCCACUCCCCCUGAGAGUGGGGAUUUCCAAGAGAUGGUAUGCCAGGCUUGUAUGAAACACUGCUCUUUCCUGUGGGCUUAUGCUGCACAAUUGGCAGUAACCAAAGUACCUGCUGAGGAUGAUGGGUUGGUACUGAAUGUCGGUGGAAUACGUGAUCAGGAAGUUAUCAAACCUGAAAAUGGAGAUCAUCAAGAUAGUACCCUCAAAGAGGAUGUUCCAGAACAUGGAAAGGAAGUUAAAGCAGAGCAGACUAAUGAACCGUGUACCAGCUCUAGUUCUGAAUCUGAUCUCCAGACAGCGCUUAAGAAUCAACAUAUCAACACAGAAUCACAGUCUGGCUGCAAACUUCAGGAGCUUAAAACUAAGCAGUUUAUCAAGAAAGACACUGCCACCUUCUGGCCCCUGAACUGGCGCAGCAAGUUAUGUACCUGCAAAGACUGUAUGAAAAUGUAUGGCGAUCUAGAUGUCCUGUUCAUGACAGAUGAAUGUGACACAGUUCUGGCUUAUGAAAACAAGGGCAAAGUUGACCAGGCAGCAGACAGGAGAGACCCUCUAAUGGACACCCUUAGCAGCAUGAACAGAGUCCAGCAAGUGGAACUUAUUUGUGAAUACAAUGACUUGAAGACUGAACUCAAAGACUAUCUCAAGAGAUUUGCUGAUGAAGGCACGGUUGUGAAGAGAGAGGACAUCCAACAGUUCUUUGAAGAAUUUCAGUCAAAAAAGAGAAGAAGAGUGGAUGGAAUGCAGUAUUAUUGCAGCUAGAGUGGAGUAAGGCGCCUUCUCCUCAUCCCAGCCAAUGAAAAUGCCACUUACUGUGCCAGGAA